CACGGAUCAGAGAACAUGCAGACCGCGUAACCCAUUGCUGUCCAUCACUCUCGACGACUUGCAACUUGCUCCUUGACGUCAUUGACACCAAUGAGCCUAUAUGGCUCACAGACCUGACACAACAGCGCCUUUAUCAAGUGCCUUUACUCAAAUUUCUGCGACGCUCACCACAUUGGACAAGCUACUCUCAUCCGUGCUCCCACUUCCCGCGAAUCCAUGCAUUCUCUACGCGACAUACUCACUGUCUGGAACAGCACCUCACUACGAUGUGCUAGAGUCUGCACGGAGACAACUUGUUUCACGAAAUCAGGUUUCUACCUUUCAAGACUCAAUCCUUCCCUAUGUUCACAUCGAUCGGGAUGUGUCUACCUUUCAUGCGUUCAUUGUGGCAUCCGACGAGGAAGUCGACAGCUCUCUGUCUGUUCUGAAACAGCUCAGAUUCGAUGAUCUGAUAAUAUCAGAAACUUCGUCCUUCACACCGCAUGAGCUUUAUCCAUGCAGUCUGGCAUGUGCAGACAGUCGUAACCCAUGCGCAUCGUGUACCGAUCCUCCAUUCAUAUCUACUGCCCGCCUCCUUCCAAGGAAGCCACUCCGACAAAUAUACGCUCGAUUUAUUGAUGCUGUCCGGACACGUCUCAUAGACUCCGUUGUUAACGCAUCAUUGACUUCCGCUCUUCGUUUCCGUAAUGGCUUCCUGCUCAUAUCCAAUGCAAUAUCCGACGAGUGGGGCGCAGACUGGGAUCAUCAUGCGCAAUUGCGCCCGCUCGUCCACUGCCACCUGGAUCUCCACCUCGCGUCCAAUCGACUUGAAGUUCACUCCCACUUUCGGCCCCUCCCACACGUCCCCCUUCCCGCACUCCUCCCCCUCCCACCUGGUACACCACUCAUCCUUCUUCCUACUGGCGUCCCUGCCUUCCUCCUCGCCAAUUACUCAGGUCCUACUGCCUCCCUUGCCAUCCAAUUUACUCGAUCUCUUGCACCGCACCCCCUCCCGCGCCCCAAAGACCCUCAAUAUAUCAUCGCAUGGCUUGCGGUGCAAAAUAAGCAGGGCGAAGACAAGGGUACACCAAUAAUCUGGCCCACAGCCCUAUGUCUGGUUUCAAAUUCAUCAUCACGCAAGCCACUGUCACAUAUUCCAGAACUACCUGCGCAGCUUCAGCCUUCCCCGCCUCCACCACCUCCACCAUCAAUCAAUGUCGGGACACCCCGUGUAGACACGCCGAGCACACCGUUAAGGGUAUUAACGAAUCACCCUUUAACACGUCGCCCCGCCACGGCUUCUCCAUCCCCCCUCAGGGCUCUCCACGCGUUAACCCUUUCACACACUACCAGCCUGCAGAAUGUCGCAUCAGAGAUAGGCGGUUAUGUCGAGUCUGUCGUGCGUGAGCGAGACCGGGAACGGGAACGAAUUCGCAGGGAGCGCGAAGCGAUGGCAUCAGUAUCUGCCUCGCCGCAGGUCACACCGGCUGCAGCUAUAGUCUCUACCGUCCCCACCCCAGCACCCGACACAAAUCUUCCGCAUCCACCCCCUCCAGUACCCACUGAACAACCACAUAUUCAUCCGAGUGUCUUCUAUCCUUCUCCUGUAACUGCAGUUGAUCCCCCUGCUCCUCCCGGGCCCCCCUCUGGGUCUGAACCUCCAACACCGUUGCCGCAGACAAACCUUGUACCUGUCCCCACUUCAUUUGACCCGUUCAACACGAUGGACUCUACCUGGUCACAACCCGCAUCUGACUUUAUGGACUAUGAUAUGGAUCCUGCUGGUCAGCGUCGUCUCGAUGUAGACUUUGCAGACUACGAUACUUUCACGUUCACUGACGAUGACUUCAGUUUCUUUGAUCGUCCCUCGCGCCCAUCGGAUUCUGCGCCCGCACCACUUGCACUCUCACCAAGCAUAUUUGGUGUUGCAGAUGUUGGUGUGUCCUUUACCCAUGCAGUAGGCACUCAGCUCUCUCCAGAUGUUCCAACGUUCACUCCAGCACCCGCACCCGCUCUCCCCUCUCCGACUGCCUCACACUCAGCGCCUUCUACACCUCAUGUGAAGGUCACGCACCCGCCCUCCCAAUUCGCUCGUACCUUCGACCCCAUCGCUUUCGCUCCCUCUCACAGUCUUGCGGAUGCCAAGUACUCCUCCGCUGGAAAGUUUGCUCUCCCCAGUCCGCCAGAUGAAGAGGACCGCACCUCACCCUUGCCUACCUUGCGUUCACAGAACCACAGUACAGCUUCCGUUGCUGAUCUGCGUGCGCGGUACAGCGUCGCAACAGACCCGCGCAUCAGCGUCGUACGUCAACUUAUCGGCGUCAAACGCAAGUCCAAGUCACUCGAUCAUGGAAGAGCGCGAUGCCGGCAAUUCCUCCUGUCCUCGUAUGAUGACAGCGUCGUCCACGAAGAAAUAAUUCCUUCCCUAGAGGACGACGAAAAGUCUGAGGCUGUUUCUGAAGACGACGCAGAUAUGGACGACGAACGUGAGCGCUCAACCACCCCACCUCCAUCAUACCUCCCUUUAGGUCCCAUGCUCCUUCACACACAGUUCCACCACGCGCUUCUCCUUCCACUCUGCCAACCUCUUCGCCCGCCAGGAUCGGCAGUUGCGCCCAUGAGCCUGGUGCUUCCACCACCUGUGGCUGCCCACACACCAGUCUCUCCUGCUGCAUCGUUGGAGAAAAUUAACCAGGAGGUGGCAGCGGCAGGCGCAGUACUUGCGCGGGAGGUCGUUGAAAAUUCUGUUUGGGCCCGCGCUUGGGGUUGUCGAUAUACUACAGAGGGUGAACAGGUUUGGCCCAGCGACAUACAAGAACUGGCGGACAUUCUAAAACGUGUGGAUGUCCUUGACGGACCAGUAGAACUAAUGACCAUGUUUUCAUCCGAUGGUGUACCCGUCGGGGAAAAGGUUCACCUUCAAAGACUAGACCCACCCAUGUUUUCAGUGGGCAAGUCGGGUUGUGUCGUGCAAGUAUUACCGUCAGCAUUGCGCUUCUGGGAGAAGCUGGGCCUCACGCCUCACGGUGGUAAAAGAGAUGUUGUCGCUUUUGUGUUUCUCGAAGAAGGUGGCCUGGAAAAGCAGCAUCAAGCUGAAGCUUGGUUGAACAAGAUGUCUGCGGAAUACAGUGCCAAGCAGCUUGGUUCUUUCACUCCUGGGAGCAGCACGAUGUGCUCAGCGGACGGAGUCAUGCCUCUGAGGCUAGAGAAUUUGAGAAAGUCCAUAAGGUCCUUUCUGCAGUGCUUGGAGUCAAGCAAUGACCUUGUCUUCUAUAUAGCCAUCCCUGACCUAGCGAUUGGGCUUUCCUCACCCCUCCUGCGCGAAAUCUUUAGUUUUGUUAAGCAGACCCAAGCCAAGCGCUCUGAGGCUCCUAUUCUCUUUCAGUUUGUCCCUGAGCACCUAAUUUCCUCCUCGGAGAGCCCUUCCAGUGAAAACUCGGAGAUCGAUGCCCUCUGUUACGCCACCUACCGACGAAUGCUCAAACCCGUCGAGCGCUCCAUGUCUAGAAGAUUUUCUGACAAGAGCGAAACAGUUGCAUAUUUCCAGGAGCAGCCCUUUGUUCUGGCCCGCCCCUCGAGUACUGUCCACUUCGCACAAACAACUCCAGCUCGGUCCCUUGACGUCAUGGAUCGGCACACGUUCCUUCACGUUGGCUACCGAUUUUCCGCCUGUGGAAAAUGGUUAUUCGCUGCGUGUGUUGACCAGCGUGGGGAAACUUAUGAUCUCGGGACAUGGCUGAUACAGGACGAAAUAGAGACAUCGGCAGUGGUGCAAGUCUGGAAUUUUGCGUUGCAAUUCGCGAAGAGAGCUAAUGUUGAGUGGCGGAUUGUCAUUGCGAAACUAGGGUCCAUGACUGUCAGCGAAUUGGAAGGAUGGAACGUUCACCUGGCCGCUGCCGUCCCCUUGUGCAACGACUUGCCCCCUUUUCAUGUCAGCUUGCUUUCCGUGGAGCAAAAUUUGUGCUGGCCUAUCCUAUCACACCUUAAUGAAACUUCGGGCUUGGCGGCAUCCAGACGGGCACCUGCGAAGGAUUCCAAAUCUAUUUACGUGGACACUGCUGCCCCUGCCUACACCAUAUAUCCCUCUACACGAAUUCCCCUUGCCUCGCGCUCUUUUCAGGAACAGGUAGAUUUGACAUUCAUCCCAGACAACGACGGCACUACCUCUGAUACAUCAACCAUCCUCCCAAUAUCUACAUCCAUCCUCAUUCGGUCUCCGUCCACUCGCACGGCUUCUACCCAAUCUUCCAUCUACAUACACCAUCUCCAUGCACUUCAUACUCCUGGUUCUUCCCUCUCAAUUUCAGAUGAUACCAUGCGCAAGGAUAUCACACUCAAUUUUUAUGAAUUGUCUGUUCUUGCAGGCGCGAUGUUAGGCUUCCAAGAAUACCCCUUACUGCCUUUUCAUCUUGCUGCACUCGAAGCCAUGCAUCAUUCUCUCAGACAGGAAGACAUCAGCUGAGGCUUUGCUUCAGUCCCUCACUUGUCUUUUUUUUUGGAUUUCUAACAAGUAGAUUUGUCGCUAUCUUGCUUUUUUGGUAACUACCCUACAGCUGUUACAUGUACCACACUAUUUUGGUGGUAGCCGGGGGCAUACCCUGUGUAUCCUUACUGCUUACGUUCCCU